AUGUCUGACGCGUCCAUCUCACCAAGUGAGCCAGACCUGGACCCACAGGAGGAGGAGGACGACGAGGAGGAGGAGGAGGAAGAAGAAGAAGAAGAUGAAGAUGAUGAUGGAGAUGAAGAAGAAGAUGAUGAUGAAGCUGAUGAAGAGGAGGGAUUGGAUGAUGAGAAUGAUGGGGAUGAUGAAGAUGAAGUGCAUGACAAGAAAGAAAAGUCUCAGAGCGCCGCACUGGGUGCAGAAAAUUCUGAGUGCAGCACCGGAGGCGAAGACGAAUGGAAAUGCUCAUCUACCUCAGGGCAGAGUGAAAAAGAGGAGAAGACGACCUCGAAUGAGGAGGCCAAGAUGAAUCGAGCCCAGAAGUCCAUGAACUUCAGGAGGAACAUCAGGAAGCUGCUCCGCGAGGAUCAGCUGGAGGCCGUGACCAAGACCGCGCAGCAGGAGGAGCUGGAAAGACGGAAACGUCUGGAGCAGCAGAGGAAGGAUUACCCCAUCCCCCUGAUCCCCACCCUGCCAGCCGUCCCUCUAGACUUCCUCACUGAGGAGAUCGAGCUGAGGGCGGCGGACGUGUCACAACUUGUGGGGAACCAAGAGAUCAUCUGCCUGGACAGCAGCAGCGGGGAGAGCGAGGACGAGGCGCAGAGGAAGGCCUUCAGUAUUAAGGACGAGGUGAUUGAGCUGAGCUCGGGGGAAGAGGAGUCUCUGCAGAUUGUGGACAGCGGAGAUUCCACGAAUGAGGUCGAUGAGCCGGAUCUCAGUGGGGAGAACAGCGGCUCCCACGUCAACGACGACCUGAACCUGCCCGACGCCUUUGGACAGGUCAUUGUCAAUAUUAACCACCCGCCCAAUGAAAAGGACAUAUUCCUGGCGCCACAGCUGGCCCGAGCUGUCAAACCUCAUCAGAUCGGGGGCAUCCGCUUUCUGUAUGACAACCUCGUGGAGUCUCUGGAGAGGUUUUCCAGCAGCAGCGGCUUUGGCUGUAUCCUGGCGCACAGCAUGGGACUGGGCAAGACCCUUCAGGUCAUCUCCUUCAUAGACGUCCUGUUCCAGCACACCCCCGCCAAGACCGUUCUCGCGAUUGUACCGGUGAACACUCUGCAGAACUGGCUGGCGGAGUUUAACAUGUGGCUUCCUGCUCCGGAGACGUUGCCUCCUGACUAUAACGUGGAGUUUGUGCGGCCUCGAUCCUUCAAGGUUCAUACGCUGAAUGACGAGCACAAAACAACUGCAGCUCGAGCCAAAGUGGUGAAUGAGUGGGUGACCGAUGGGGGCAUGCUCCUGAUGGGGUACGAGAUGUACCGGCUCCUGUCCUUGAAGAAGUCCUUCACCGUGGGCAGAAAGAAGAAGAGCAAGAAAGCAGCGGGGCCGGUGAUCAUCGACCUGGACGAGGAGGACCGGCAGCAAGAGAUGCUACAAGGGAUUGAAAAGGCCUUGUCUCGGCCGGGCCCCGACGUGGUCAUCUGCGAUGAGGGCCAUCGUAUAAAGAACUGUCACGCCAGCACAUCCCAAGCCCUGAAGAACAUCCGGUCCCGGCGGAGGGUGGUCCUGACGGGGUACCCGCUGCAGAACAACCUGAUUGAGUACUGGUGCAUGGUGGACUUUGUGCGGCCGGACUUUCUGGGCACCCGGCAGGAGUUCAGCAACAUGUUUGAGAGGCCGAUCCUGAACGGCCAGUGCACGGACAGCACGCCGCAGGACAGGCGCCUCAUGAGGUACCGCAGCCACGUGCUCCACAGCUUGCUGGAGGGAUUCGUGCAGAGGCGCGGUCACACAGUUUUAAAGGCCCAGCUCCCUUCUAAGGAAGAGCACGUGAUCUUGGUUCGUCUGUCCCCGAUACAGAGGGCGUUGUACACGGAGUUCAUGAACCGCUUCCGGGACGCUGGCAAUAGCGGGUGGCUCGGGCUCAACCCCCUGAAAGCGUUCUGUGUGUGCUGCAAGAUUUGGAAUCACCCGGACGUCCUGUACGAGGCACUCCAGAAGGAGAACUUGGCCAACGAGCAGGAUUUGGAUGUCGAUGAUCUCGCGACAAACACCCGAUGCCAGUCCCAGGGUCCAAAGGUCAAAGUGGAAACUGGGGCCUUAGGGGCCCUGAUGGGAGAGGCGGCCAACAGCAAACUUCUGCAAGGCAUGGGCUUUAAUCCCAACCAAGAGAAAGCCAAUCAGGUGGUGACGUACGAAUGGGCCAAAAAGAUUGUGUGUGACUACCAGCCCGGCGUGCUGCAGAACUCCCCCAAGAUGGUCCUGCUCUUCCACCUGAUUGAGGAAAGCAUGAAACUGGGCGACAAGAUCCUGGUGUUCAGUCAGAGCUUGUCGACACUUUCCAUCAUUGAAGACUUUUUAUCGAAGAGACCGAUGCCGCCCACUCCCGGAAAGGACCAUCCGGAGCGCAGCACCUGGGUCAGGAACGUCCACUAUUACCGGUUGGAUGGAAGCACUUCAGCCUCGGAAAGGGAACGCCUAAUAAACCAGUUUAAUGACCCUGCAAAUGAGAAUGUCUGGCUGUUCCUGCUGUCCACGCGUGCUGGCUGCCUGGGUGUCAAUCUGAUAGGUGCUAAUCGGGUGGUUGUCUUCGAUGCCUCCUGGAACCCGUGUCAUGAUGCCCAAGCCGUGUGCCGCGUCUACAGAUACGGUCAGAGGAAACCUUGUCACAUUUACCGUCUAGUGUCGGACUUCACCUUAGAGAGGAAGAUCUACGACCGCCAGAUCACCAAGCAGGGAAUGUCGGAUCGCGUGGUCGAUGAUCUCAACCCGGAUGUCAACUUCACCCGGCGAGAGGUGGAGAAUCUGCUGCAUUUUGUGGAGGAGGAGCCGGAUCUGUCCCGCAAGCACCUGGAGCCCUCCGCAUUCAAUGAGAUUGUGCUGCAGAACGCCUGUAUUUCAUACCCGCACCUCAUCACCAAGGAUCCUUUCCAGCACGAAUCUCUUCUCCUGGAUCGUAAGGAGCAGAAGCUGACGCUGGCUGAAAAGAAAGCAGCGAAGCGCGGUUACGAGGAGGAGAAGAGGGCUUCUGUGCCCUACACCCGACCGUCCUAUACCCAGUACUACCCAGCACCAGACCACAACCUGGCAAACAUCCCAGCGUUCAGCCAGAGAGGCUGGCGGCCAUUGCUGAAGAUGGAUGAGAGGCCGGUGGCCAGCGUCCGACCUCUGCAGUCCACACCCAUCCCCAUGAUGCCCCGGCACAUGCCUGUCGGCCAUGGUGGUUCUGCCUCCGGCUCUGUUCCUCCCUUCAACUUCCCAGUUAACUACCUGCAGAGGGCAGGGGUCCUUGUUCAGAAGGUGGUCACCACCACAGAUAUCGUCAUACCCGGAAUGACCACAUCCACGGACGUUCAGGCGCGAAUUAGUGCGGGCGAGAGCAUUCACGUUAUCCGGGGCACAAAAGGAACGUACAUCCGUACCAGUGACGGGCGGAUAUUUGCCAUCAGGUCAAGCAGCAAACAGAAGAGCUCUGACGCGCGGCGUUCUGCGCAAUUAGGUGCCCAGGGGCAGAGCCUGGCCGGGGGUCCGCCUGGACCAUACAUGAGUAACGGGCGGCACACGUCUAGUCCCUCCUCCCAGGACCGCCAGGAGCCCUCCCGCCUGCUCUCUCCAGACAGCCCGGAGAUUCUCAGCGAGCUUCAGCAGUACGCAGAGGCGGCAGCGGGUUCACGCAGCUCUCACGGCACCCCUCAACUUCCGAACCCCAACAUUCAGCUUCAAGGUCUGAUUCAGGCACCCAAAACGCAAGCCAGAAAGCGGAAGGAGCACCCUGACCAGUCCAGCCAGUGGUCGUCCAGUAAGAGGCACCCCUUCAGCCAGCUGCCGUACUCAGGUUUGGGCGGCUUUGGCAUCACCCCCUCCUCACUGAACCACAGCUUAUCGAGGGCAGCGAACUCUGUGUAUAUGGGGGCCGGCGGUGGUGCCGCCUCCCGCUUCCAGCUGCCCUCCUUGCUGUCGGACCCACAGUUAGGCCUCCCGAUGGUUCCUGACCCUCUGCUGACCCCCACCUCGGGCACCUCCUCAGCCCCCUCCAGUGUGCCCCCAUACCUCCUGCCCCCAUCUUUCUCUCUGCCCUUCACGCAGCCAUUGCCGGCUCAGACACGAAUGUUUGCCCCGUUCCCAUCUUCGAUGCUGAGCCGCGGACUCUCCACCAACAGCGCGGCGUCGACCUUCCCCAGCUACCUCUCCCCCCAGCCCGGCUACCAACCUCCAGCCGCCGGCGCUGCUUCCCACGCCCUCCCGCGAGGUGAGGGCGAGCUGGAGUCCAGCGAGGAGGAUGGGAAGGACGAUGACGUGGUGGAGGUAACAGGGAAGUGAGGACAUGCUGGCAGGAGCUGUUGGCAGAGGACUGUGCCUCCCCCGCUCCAGUCGUGGGGGUAAGUGCUCUAGCGCCCUGAGGAUACUGGGGUAACAAGCACAGUUUAAACAUUCUCGUCAUUCCACGGGGGGGGGCAGGACAGCGGGGUCCCCUCCCCCAGAACUUCUGACCAUAAGACGAGGGUCGGACUUCCACAGAGACUUUCCAUCCAGAACACGACUGCGCAGGCAGAGUCCAUGUCACACGUCAGAUGCUGGGGUCUGCAUUGAGGGGUGCGCUGAUGUGUCUGGGGGGGGGUCAUCCGCCGUUUCCUGUGUGUUGUCAGACUUGUCCUACCUUCAUAGGAGCCGUCGCUUCGAGAGAAGUUUUGUUAAGAAGUCACAUUAAAAUUAGUUGCAGAUCAGACUCAUCCGGCAGGGAAGGGGUUAAUGCCGGCCGUUUACCGUAUGUUAUCUUCUGUUCCGUCAGUCACCGGGCGGCGAAGAUGGGGGCGCAGUGUUAAGGGGAUGGGGGGGAGGGGCAAGCAGAAAGUGGGGGUGAGGGUCCCCUGGAAUGAUGGCGGCCGCUCAGUGACUCGCGCUAUUCUCCAUUGUCAGCGUCAUCUCUUCUGUGGUCAGAUGUCCAAGGGGUUAAUCCACGGGACAAGUGACUGGUGUGGGGGUCUGACAACUGGGACCCCCACUGAUCAUGAGAACGGGGGUCCUGUGUCUUGUAUUUCAGUGGCGCGGGGAGGCUGCGCGCUGCUAUUCCCUUUUAACCCUUAAGCGCUGCACCGCUGAUCUCCGGCAGAAACAUGGGGGAUGAGGGGGCGUAGUGGGGGCCACAGAGGUAUCCACCCGGACACACGGAAGAGGAGGACACCGGGGGUCUUCGGAGCCGACCUCUCCGGGUUACACAAUUAAUUGCAGAUUUAACCCUUUACCACCCCCCCCCCCUUUCCAUCCCUCAUUUUCUUUAAGGGAUAAAAUGCUAACGAUCAAAUGUCCACGGUUAAAUAGUUCAAUGUGGUGAGGAGGCGGCCUGGUCUGUACCGCCGCGCACACCGUCAGUUAACCCAGUCACUGCUGCUGACACGGCGGUAGACGGCAUAGAUGCUCAGGAUUAUCCACAGCGAGGUAUGAACGGUCUCGAGGUCCCGAGCUCCUCUCCGGCGUAACAUCUCGCACAGAUUUGCCAAAUUCAUUGUUUGCGCCCAUUAAGUCUGCGCAGGAAUAUUCCCUCAGGGGGUGGUGAGGCACGAGGCGCCAGUACCUCGCCGAUGUCACCUGGGCCUCGUGUGAUGCAAGGAAUAGUGUAGAGCGCAGGGCGGACAUUAUAUCGCCACUCACCUGUUUAUAGAUAUCUAUUUAUUUCUACGGUCUCGUGCCCCAUGUCAUUUAUAUAUAUGGAAAGACGCACACGAGCAGUUACUCCGGGCGGUCACAGCGGCGAGGUUCUCGACUACCUGACUUUAUGGUUUUCUUUUUUUGUAAAAU